GACGUAAUGUACGACACAACUGUAAUGUGCAUGUUCACUACGCGUGAGUCUCUGCAAAACUCAAGGGGUUGAAUAGUAGAGUGUCACCACAUAUCGGCUAGGAGGAAGUAUCGCCACCCUUUAAAAAGAAGUAUUUCGAAAAAUUGCUUUUGCCGACUGAAAACCCUCCUCAUGACUCUCAACUCUUGAGAUUCACCGAAGUAACCUGUUUUAUUCAGACGGCUGUGUCAUGGCUGGUAGAAGAGUCGUGGUCUUCCCCUCCUCAGUGGAGCUUGGGCCAGUGCUGGCCCAUCUGGUGAUAUCACGUGCUGAAAAGGCCAUUACCUCUCGGGGCAGGUUCACCCUGGGGCUCUCUGGAGGAAGCCUUGUGUCCAUGCUCAGCAAAGAGCUGCUUUCUCUGCCAGACCUGGACUGUAGCAAGUGGUUAGUUGGUUUCUGUGACGAGCGACUGGUUCCAUCUGAUGAUCCUGAAAGCACCUAUGGACUGUACAAGGCUCAGUUGUUUUCCAAGGUCAACAUCCCUGAUAGUGGGAUCUUAGCCAUAGACUCCUCUAUGCCUGUGAACCAGUGUGCUGAGGACUACACACAGAAAUUGAAAGAGGCCUUCCCUGGUGAAGAGAUUCCAGUGUUUGACAUGUUACUGCUGGGUAUGGGCCCUGAUGGACACACUUGUUCCCUCUUCCCAGACCACCCUCUCCUGGAGGAAACUGAGAAGAUUGUGGCCCCCAUCAGUGAUUCUCCCAAACCACCACCACAGCGUGUGACAAUGACUUUUCCAAUUGUAAACUCUGCACGCUGUGUGGCUUUUGUAUCUACAGGAGGAAGUAAAGCACCAGUUUUGAAGGAAGUCCUGGAGGGUAGAGAAGGACCAGCUUUUCCAGCAGCUCGUGUAGUGCCGACAAACGGAGAGCUGUUCUGGCUUGUUGAUGACCCUGCAGCUGCCUCCUUAACUAUCAAUGUAGAGAGGCCAGGCUUAGGAGCAAAACUGUAGCACUGUCUACCUGCUGAAUGCAGGUAGACAGUGCUACAUUGGUGUGUAUACUUGAAUGAUGUGACUGGAAAAAGUACACUGCAUUCCUCCUUUCAUUUUAAGGCACUGCUGGUUUAUAGGUAAGACAGAAAAAUAUGAUAGAGUGUGAAAUAAAUAAAACUCACAGGGGAGACCCCUGUUAAGCUCAGCAUUACAUUUAGCAUUUAUUUUACUGAGGUUGUGUAUGUGUUAGAGCAGUGGUUCCCAACGUCUUCUCCUUAGGGUCCCCCCCUACUCAUAUUUGAGAAAAGCUAACCCCCCCAUGACCCACUUGGAAAAAAGAAUCAUCAAUUUAAUUAUUUUGAUUGAAAAAAAUCCCAACAUAAAAUAACUAUAUACACUUGCUCAACAAGAGAUCUAAACUAUCCAUUAUUACAACAGUUUAUAAUGGCCACUCUAGAAAAAAUAAUAAAGAGGAUCUGUUAAUUUUUAAGACUUUAAAAGUUGUAAGUGUACAUGAACCACAUCAGAAGUUUUGAGACUAUAAAGUCAAAAGUCCAGCCACUGUUUUCAGUUAUGUUUCUCUUAAAAAGGUUUUAUUGUACGCUGUUACAAAUUUACAAUUUUGACAACUUGACAUUUUUUAUGUCUACCUCUUAUACUUGGAAAUGUUCCCUUUUUUUCUUGUAAAUCUGAAGCUCUUAGUUUGAUUUCUUGUAAAUAAAUGACUUUAUAUGCUCAAAAAUUAGGAGGAUUUUUUCUUCCAAAAAUGUGACUAUUUUUGCUUAAAAUGAAUAGAUUCUCUCCAUUUUUUCACCUUUUAGGUAGGCCCCAAUGCAUUAUGUUUCGACUCAUGGUUAUAAAAAAAAUGCAUGGAUACAAAUUAAUGUGACACCUACAACAGACACUGUCCCCCUGAGAUCUUUGCCGGUCCCCUAGGGGUACCUGGACCCCGGGUUGGAAACCAUUGUGCUAGAGCUCUACAUUUAUGUGCGCAGGUCAGCAAAAAUGUUUGUGUGUUUAAAAUAUUUCUUAGAACAGUUAAGAAAAUUAGAUUAAUCAAAUGUACAAAUAAUUUUUAGUAUUUGGACCAAACACUUGACAAGGUUCCUUAUGGAUAGACUGUAAAAUGUGUAUUCUUUGUCACCCCUCAAAUGCCUACAUCUUGUUUGAAAUAUGAAGGCUAUUCAUGCAAUGAUACUGUAAAUCAAGAUUCUUCAGCCAUUACACGUUUUAAUAGAAAUAAAGAAAACCUUGAUUAAACGUU